AUGACCCGACGCAGUUCCUCCCAUUGCCCUCGAGCUUAUGCUGCUGCUGCUGCUGCUGCUGCUGCUACUGCUUCUGCUACUGCCUCCUUUCACAUGCCAUCAGAAGAACGUACGGCGAGGAGCAGGGCGUGCAGCAGGAGCAGGUGUACCAUCAGAGCAGACAUGCUAACAAGCGCCAGGAUCGCCCUGACAGCCGGCCAGACGAUCCUCCGCAGCGGCGGCGUCGUCCGCGGCCUCGCCAACUGGGGCGUCUUCGCGCUGCCGCGGCCCAUCACGCGCGCCCAGAUGAAGCACAAGGAGGGCCACUACUUUGUCAUGCGCUACGACGCCUCGGCCCGCGCCCACCAGACCAUGCGCUCGACCAUCAGCCUCGACCCGCGCGUCAUCCGCAGCGCCCACGUCAAGGUCGGCGACGGCAAGCUCAGCAGCAUGGCCCGGUUUGGCGCCAUCAAGUGGGACGUCCGCGACGAGUAG